CUCUGCAAGAGAGAGAACGUAUAGGACGAACGAACAAGGCGGGUUAGUUGCCACGCCCCAAAACCCUCACACUUGUACGGCAUGUUGAUGGAAGUCGUAGAGUAACAGGCAGAUUCACCGGACUAAGCCAUUGAUAUCUUCUCCAAGAAAUGGGUCUUCUCUAUCAACAUAGGCUUCUUCUUAGACUUUCUCUCUUGUCCUCAAAUAUCCGCCUCAUGAGCAUCAGAAGCUUGCUGCAUUUCCCAGCUUUUCCAAAGCGGACGACUUUUUCGUCUCAGAGGGACCUCCUUCACUCCCAGAGGCUCCUAUUUUGUUUAAAAACUAGUUCGAGUAUUCGUCCGUUAUCACUCAGGACUAAUGGUUAUUCUUAUGUUUCUGACUCUGAAGUCCCUAGGCCAGACUUUCUGGAGGAGAAUCCAGAGGAGGAGAUGUCGAGGACGCAUUUCAAGAUUUUGAAAGGAAGUUGCGGGAGCUUGGGAUAG